ACACCUUUUAACCCCAAAACAGAACAUAACGCGAAUCAAAACCCCCAAAACUCAAACACUUUUCGAGAGAGACACCCAAGGUGCAAUCAGGCUUGUUCUUGGUGGUUUGGAGCAUGUGGAGAGGGAGAAAACACUUGUUUUGCAUCAUCGAACCUGGGCAAGGUUCAUGUGGACAUAUGUGCAAUGAGCAGACUUGUGUUUUGAGAACAAGUUUGAGUUUGCACAAUUUUGGGAGGAGGUUCUUGGGUUGUAGCCGUUAUAAGGUUGGUCCUAAGUGUCCUUUCUUUGUUUGGAUUGAUAACCCAACCUGUCCUCGUGGGAAUGAAACUGCACCUUUGGCUCUAGAGAAGAUGUUUAGGCUUCAGACUGCUCUCCAACUUGCAAAUGAGAGGGAAAGGACAGCUCUGGAAACGGCAGAAGAAGCUAGGCAAAUGGCAGAAAAGGCUCUUGAAGAGGAAGCGAAAGCCAAGGAGAGGGAGAGAAAGGCUCGAGCUGUCUGUGCAAAAGCUAAGGAAAAAGCCAUUCUUGCUGAAGAGAAGCAAAGAAUGUGGAAGUCUGCAUGCAUUUUGUCAUGGAUCUUUUUUUGUUAUUAUUAUGUUGUUGUGUUUUGGCUCAAUUGAGUUCUCUGGAGUGAAUAGACCUAGAUUGUUGCCCCUGAAGU